UGGGGCCGCUCCGGUCGCCGCCUCCCAGCCUGGGGCCCGCCCCCACUGCCCACUCAAGGGCAGCCUCCCGCCCCGUGGGACACCCGCCGCAGAGGCCACGCAGCUCUGGAGCUGGACGCGGCCACCCCGGAGGAGCCCAGCAUGCCGGACAGUGUGGGGGCCCCGCAGGCCAGCGGGCCCGCCCCGGAAAGCUCGGCCACCAGGUUCUUAAGCAGACUGCUGCCAGGUGGGCCUGGGUGCGUUCAGAAACUUAGUUUGAACCUGCAGAACCAGCAAGGAGUAAGGCCGAAUGUGACAAGCAGCUCCCUGACUGAUGCGCGGAAGCUCUCCAAGGAGUCCCUAAGCCGUGCUCUCACGCUCUCAUCCCCGGAGGAGAAGGACGCCCAGCUGGAUGGCUCAGAGGAGAAGCUGUGGACCACGCGGGCCGAUGGGCGCGUGCGCCCACGCGUCCACCCUGCCUGCCCACAGCCCCCCUACACCGUGCAUCGGAUGUUCUCCGAGGCCCUGGACAAGUAUGGGGACCUCCAUGCUAUGGGCUUCAAGCGCCAGGGCACGUGGGAGCACAUCUCCUACUCCCAGUACUACCAGCUGGCCCGAAAAGCCGCCAAGGGCUUCCUGAAGCUCGGCCUGCAGCAGGCGCACAGCGUGGCCAUCCUGGGCUUCAACUCCCCAGAGUGGUUCUUCUCCGCGGUGGGGGCGGUGUUUGCCGGCGGCAUUGUCACCGGCAUCUACACCACCAGCUCCCCGGAGGCCUGCCAGUACAUCGCCCACGAUAGCCGCGCCAACAUCAUCGUGGUUGACACACAGAAGCAGCUGGAAAAGAUCCUGAAGACCUGGAAACACCUGCCACAUCUGAGGGCCGCGGUCAUAUACAGAGACGCGCCACCGAAGAAGAUGGCCAACGUGUACACGAUGGACGAACUCUUGCAGCUGGGGGACGGGCUGCCCGAGGAGACCCUGGACGCGGUCAUCGCCACCCAGCGGCCCAACCAGUGCUGCGUACUGGUCUACACCUCCGGCACCACUGGCAGCCCCAAGGGCGUGAUGCUGAGUCAGGACAAUAUCACGUGGACAGCACGGUACGGCAGCCAGGCUGGUGACAUCCGACCAGCAGAAGUCCAGCAGGAGGUGGUGGUCAGCUACCUGCCCCUCAGCCACAUCGCUGCCCAGAUCUAUGACCUGUGGACGGGCAUCCAGUGGGGGGCCCAGGUCUGCUUUGCCGAGCCUGACGCCCUCAAGGGGAGCCUGGUGAACACGCUACGGGAGGUGGAGCCCACGUCGCACAUGGGGGUGCCCCGGGUGUGGGAGAAGUUCAUGGAGCGGAUCCAGGAGGCGGCGGCCCAGUCUGGCUUCAUCCGGCGCAAGAUGCUGCUCUGGGCCAUGUCAGUGGCCUUGGAGCAGAACCUCACCUGCCCGGGCAGCGACCUGAAGCCCUUCUCGGCCCGACUGGCGGAUUACCUCGUGCUCGGCAGGGUCCGGCAGGCGCUGGGCUUUGCUAAGUGUCAGAAGAGCUUCUACGGCGCGGCUCCCAUGACAGCCGAAACGCAGCACUUCUUCCUGGGCCUCAACAUCCGCUUGUAUGCAGGCUACGGCCUCAGCGAGACCUCGGGCCCCCACUUCAUGUCCAGCCCCAACAACUACCGGCUCUACAGCUCCGGCAAGGUGGUGCCAGGCUGCCUGGCAAAGGUGGUGAACGAGGACGCCGAGGGCAUCGGGGAGAUCUGUCUGUGGGGCCGCACCGUCUUCAUGGGCUACCUCAACAUGGAGGACAAGACGCGGGAGGCCAUUGAUGACGACGGCUGGCUGCACACGGGCGACAUGGGACGCCUGGACGCGGACGGCUUCCUCUACAUCACGGGGCGGCUCAAAGAAUUAAUCAUCACAGCGGGCGGAGAGAAUGUGCCCCCUGUGCCCAUCGAGGAGGCUGUGAAGACGGAGUUGCCCAUCAUCAGCAAUGCCAUGCUGAUCGGGGACCAGAGGAAGUUCCUGUCCAUGCUGCUCACCUUGAAGUGCGUGCUGGACGCAGACACAUCUGAGCCAACGGACAGCCUGACGGAACCAGCUGUGGCCUUCUGCCAGCGGGUGGGCAGCAAAGCCACCACUGUGUCUGAGAUCGUGAGCACCAAGGACGAGGCCGUGUACCAGGCCAUCGAGCAGGGGAUCCAGAGGGUCAAUAGCAAGGCCGCCGCCCGACCCUACUGCAUCCAGAAGUGGGCCAUUCUCCAGCGGGACUUCUCCAUUUCGGGUGGAGAGCUGGGUCCGACGAUGAAGCUGAAGCGGCUCACGGUUCUGGACAAGUACAAAGACAUCAUCGACUCCUUUUACCAAGAGCAAAAGAAGUAAUCAGGGGCCAUCUUCCCAGCUUCCGCUGAAGACGGCAGGUCUUUCGGAGGGCCGGCCUGAGCUCCGGGCGCCUUCGGUCUGGGCGCUCGGACACCUGGCAGGGCUGUGAGGUCGCCGUGUCUGGCCACGACACGGGCCUCUACGUUUGCCAGGUCCGGGGCCAGCAGCAGCUGACGACUCCAGAAGCUUCCCAUGUGGGUAGUUUUAAUUUUAAGCAUUGCUUUUUGUCCAGGGGACGCAUGAGCUCAGCGCUCGCCCCGGAAGUAGCAGGCAGGUGGCGAGCUCGCGCUGGGGAGGAGGGCGAGGACAGUGGGGAGGACGGCUGGAGCUCCUUCGCACGCUGCCGGAGAGCCAGUACUUAGAACUCACCUCCGGGCUGACCUGCUCUGGAACCGCGGCCGCUUCUGUGCCUGUCAGCACCAGGACACCUCACACUUGCCAGCUGAUCUGAUGCUUAAUAAAACCGCUGCCGCCUAUCUGAUUGUACGGGUGUGAUUUGAGUAUUAAACCGUUUAACAGAA